ACCUUCUGGUCAUGCUUCACUGCAGCAUUGAGAAACAUUAACUGUAUAACAGGAUUCAUGUUGUUGACCUACUGAGUGUUUCUGUGUUACAUUAAAUGACUCCUCAUGUUGUUUCCUAAAUAUAAUAAAUCUCCUCUCAGCCUCUCUGACUGUGAGUCCCAGCAGAUCUCAGAUGUUUAAAGGAGAGUCUGUCUCUCUGAGCUGUGAGGAGGACGACAGCUCUGCUGGAUGGAAGCUGAGGAGGAACACAACCAGAGACACCAGGAAGGAGUGUGGAGACGGCUGGGGAAUGCAAGUUAGUUCCACCUGUGUCAUCAGUGUAACAUUCCCCUCACACAGUGGAGUUUACUGGUGUGAGUCCAGAGAGGGAGCAACCAGUAACAGCAUCAACAUCACUGUCACUGGUGGACCAGUGAUCCUGCAGAGUCCUGUCCUCCCUGUGAUGGAGGGAGAUGAUGUCACUCUGCACUGUAAAACAAAGACUUACAACCUCCCAGCUGGUUUCUAUAAAGAUGGCUCCCUCAUCAGGACUGAGCCUGCAGGUCACAUGACCAUCCACCAUGUUUCCAAGUCUGAUGAAGGCCUCUACAAGUGUAACAUCAGCAGUCAUGGAGAGUCUCCAUCCAGCUGGAUCUCUGUCACAGAGAAAUCCACCACAUCUCCAUCUCCACCCCUCUCUACUUCUACUCCCACCUCUCCUCCUCUCUUUGUGUUGUGGUCUGUUCCACCUGUCUGUGGUCUGGUUCUACUGGUUCUACUGGUUCUACUGGUGAGACGAUGUGUUCAGAGGAAACCUGAAGCAACUCUGUGGGAGUUCGUUUUCUGA